UAUUAAAUUUACAUUAAUAAUAUAUUUUCUACUUCAUGUAUGAAUUGAAAUUUAAACAAUUGAAUAACAUUUCUUCUUCGCUUUUAUUUUCAAAAGUUAUCUUUACCGCAUACCAUAGAAUAGUAGUAUAUUGAAGAAUUGUUGCCUAAGAGCUACCGAAUAAACUAACGGCAAUGCCGAACGUACUUAAAUUGAAGUGACAUAUGUCAGCUGUUUAAAUAGCAAACACGAUUUACAACUAUUAAUUUUAACACGAUUAUAGUAAAUAAGUAGUUUACAUGUUUUAAGCUAGAAUAAUAAACAUGACUUAUUUAAAAUCUUGGGAGGAGUUUGAAAAAGCUGCCGAAAAAUUAUACAUUCAAUCUCCUACAAAAGUUAGAUAUACAAUGAAAUACGCUCAUUCAAAAAACCAUUUAAUUCUAAAAAUGACUGACGAUGUAAUUUGCCUACAGUUCAAGACAGAGAUAGCCCAAGACGUGAGGAAAAUAGACAAGUUUAUAAAUAAUUUGUUGAGACAUAUGGUAUCAAAAGAACAUUAAAACUAUUAAAAAUUUUAUAUUUUUGUUAAAAGGUGGAUUAAAAGAUAUUGUGAAAACAUA